GGCCGUAUAUAUAUCUUACCGCUAUUCCACCCAGAUUGUUGAUCGACCUUAAGUAUAUCUCAACUUCACACCUGUUUUUCUUCUACAUUUCCUCUCGUGUAAAAAUUCAGAAGACAAGAAAAAGAUGGCGCUGUCCACAGGCCUCGACGAGCCCACCCUCGCCGGCCCCUUCUCCCUCUUCAACAACUCCUUCAUAGUGGAGUUCCUCAAACCCCACCCGUCAAGAAACGCAACCGUCCUCAUGCGCGCCACAUACCCGCACGCCCACCCCUCCACCAAGACAGGGAAAGCCCAUCCGCAGUCUCCACCGCUGCACCUCCACUUCGACCAAUCCGAGUCCUUCCGCGUGCUCAGCGGCGCCGUAGGCACGACCUCUACAUGGGGCGCGGUGGACCGCGUGUGGACGGCGGAGGACGGCGAGCAGGAGGUCAAGCCGUGGGUGCCGCACACGUUCUGGCCGGCGCCUACCGCGAGCGAGGACACGGUGAUCUUAGUAUGGGCGCACCCCACCAACGUCCCCGAGCCGAUGGACUGGCUGUUCUUCCAGAAUCUGCUGAUGCUCGUGAGCGAUAUUGCGGAGAAGAAGAUCGCGAUGAAUCCGUUGCCGGUUAUGUUGAUACAGCACGUCUCGGCGACGGCGCUGGUGUGGUUCCCGACGGCGACGUGGCUGGGGCCGCUGCGGUGGUGGGUACCGUGGAAGAUGCAGGCGGGAUUUGCGCAGGUGGCGAGGUGGUGCGGGUAUACGCCGCUUACGGAGAAGUAUACGCCGAAGGAGGAGUGGGAGAAGUAUGUUAGAGUUAAGAAGGAGUAAGGGAUAAGUAGAAAUAGUUAUAUCACGUCAGCUUGGGAACUCGAGACUUGAGUAUAGUUUUGGGAUGCAUUUGGACGGCUGAUAUUGUGCCCUCGGUAGUGUACAUUGCGAUCUAUGGACCGGUGAAAGGGAGGUGGUAUUUUGGCAGAAGCCGAAAGAGAGAAACAUUGCAGUAAGCAGGUAGAGCUCAACCGAGAAAGCAGAAAAAAAAGUCUCUGUAAAACUCCGCCGCUCUGAGGCCAGAUAGACAGUGGCCUCGGGAUUAUGAAACGCCUAAAGUUCGAAAAGAAAACCUCCCAGUGUUAUUUCCCUGUAUUAGAUCCCGAAGAUGGUCAGGGG